AUGCAGGCUUUACUUCUACUCCUUUUGGGAGCCCAAUUAUCCGGUGUUACUGGUCACCCUUACUCUACUACUACAACUGUGUCGCUGGCGGCACAGACAAGCGAGCCUGCCUCUAAUUUCCUGGGAAUUGACACCGAUAAAUUAUUCGACAACUUCCACUACUUCGACAUCAACCUCCACAACUUCAACUACCAGCUCUACUACGACUUCUACUACGACCUCUACGACUUCUACCUCUACUACAUCUACAUCUACUACCUCCAGUACCACUUCUUCCACCACCACCACUACAUCUAUGCCACAACUACUACAACCACUGCUGCUGCAACCACAACAACAAGUUCGUCAACCGCUAAGCGCAACCGCCGAGGAAACAUUGCUGCCAUUAUCUUCGUCUGCUGCUUAGUCUCAGUCUUUGCUGGUGUCGCCUUCCUUCACUGCUACAAGGAAAGAGCCCUGUCGAAGCGUAUCGCUGCACGAGAGCUUCUGAAAGCCACCGCAAUGCCCUCUGAAGUAGUCCCUGCUACAAGAAACGAAUCCAGCACAAAUCUUCUCGCGGAUCGAUCUUCUGUGAUGCUUGGCGACAACAUGGAUUCACGGGCACCUACAGCCCAGAGCAAUCCGAUCAAUCGUGAACACGACCUUGGAACUAUUUAG